UCCAUGGCAACAUUCGUUAAAGAGGACCUUCACCUAAAACCUGGCGUGCCUGCGUGAAGCACUUUCAGGAAUGAUGAGACUGAUCUUGUUCAUGAGGGUUGGCUGAACAGCAGGGAUGCCCAUGAACUCUGAAAUCCCUCAUUUUCUUGCGACAGACAGUCCAAAGAAGAGAAAAUUUAAUUAUAAGAACAGCUUAUCUGCUUUUUUUCCCCAACAUACUUAAAGAAACCCAGGAACGUGACUCUUUGCAGCAGCCUUGGGAUCAUUCCAUUUAUUUUCUUGGAGGCAACAAAGGUACAAGAGCAAAGGCUUCAAAUGGUUUAUUCUUGCAUUGUCCACAAGAAACCUGGAGUGUCACAUUGCUGUAGAAGAAUAGCUCUUCUUUCUUCUUUAAUUCUGUUCGCUUCCUAGGAGCUGGUCCUGUAUUUUCAGUAUUUCUAAUAGUGGAGGGAGAGUUAAUUGCAAGAGGUGUCCUUCAUUGUUCCGCAAAGCAUGAAGAAGAAGAUCUCAUCAUGAUCCUUUUUACUCAGAGGACCUGUCUAUAUAACCCAGAGCCUCAUUUUCUUGGAAUGAGGAUUCAUUCCUGAAAAUAUCUAAGUGUUUAGAAAGAAGUCAUGUGAGCUUCUGAGCUGCAGGGACAGAGACAGAGGAGAACGUGUGCAUCAGUGCAGAGUGCUACUGGAGCCCCGGCAGAGCGGGAGGGAGGCAGAGGGAGCCUGAGAGAGAAAAGGCGAAGUGGUGGGAGCCGGAACAGCAGCAAUUGCUGCUGCUACACGUUUCAGCUCAUGCCCGACAACCGGCUCUGCUGCCAGCACGCCUCUCCGAGGGCACAGGUGCCUCAGGUUCAAAAGUCCUAGAAGGGCGGUAGUACUUUCAGGAGCCAAGCACAGCUGCUUUAUUCUUUUCUUAUCUUUUCCUGCAAAGAACAUCUGUUUGAGGACUCCGCUCCUUUUUCUGGACUGAAAGAGCACAGUUGCCUCCUGCUGUCUGCACUUUCCUCCUGAUCUCCCUCUAGCCUGUGGGGACUGUACCCCUAUGGAUGCCCCUGUACAGAUUUUCCGUGAAGAGCUGGACUCCACCUGCUCCCCAGGGCCCUGUCGACCCCCCAGCACCAGCAGCAGCUGGCUCCUCGGCUGGGCAGACUACGACAGCAAUGCUACUGGGUCCCUUGGGGAUGGCCAGCACAACCACACCAGCAUCUCCCCCGCCAUUCCCAUCAUCAUCACUGCUGUCUACUCAGUGGUCUUCGUUGUCGGCUUGGUGGGAAACUCCCUGGUCAUGUUUGUCAUCAUAAGGUACACAAAGAUGAAGACAGCAACCAACAUCUACAUUUUCAACCUGGCUAUGGCAGAUGCUCUAGUUACCACAACUAUGCCUUUCCAAAGCACCGAGUACCUGAUGAACUCCUGGCCCUUUGGUGAUGUGCUGUGUAAAAUAGUAAUUUCUAUUGACUAUUAUAACAUGUUUACCAGCAUAUUCACACUGACCAUGAUGAGUGUUGAUCGAUACAUUGCCGUGUGUCACCCUGUGAAGGCUCUGGACUUCCGUACACCUCUCAAAGCAAAGAUAAUCAACAUCUGUAUCUGGCUCUUGUCCUCAUCUGUUGGUAUAUCUGCAAUAGUUCUUGGGGGUACCAAAGUCAGAGAAGAUACUGCUAGCACAGAAUGCUCCUUGCAAUUUCCAGACAAAGAUUACGUGUGGUGGGACAUCUUCAUGAAAAUCUGUGUCUUUGUCUUUGCCUUUGUUAUUCCAGUUCUCAUUAUAAUUGUUUGCUAUACUCUGAUGAUUCUGCGCCUUAAAAGCGUACGACUCCUCUCUGGGUCUCGAGAAAAAGAUCGGAACCUGCGUCGCAUCACCAGGUUGGUUCUUGUGGUUGUGGCAGUUUUCAUUAUCUGUUGGACUCCUAUUCAUAUUUUCGUACUGGUUGAAGCACUAGGGGACGUGUCCCAUAGUACUGCUGCUAUAUCCAGCUAUUACUUCUGUAUUGCUUUGGGUUACACCAACAGCAGCCUCAAUCCAAUCCUUUACGCGUUUUUGGAUGAAAACUUCAAGAGAUGUUUCAAGGACUUCUGCUUCCCCCUUAAGAUGAAGAUGGACAGGCAGAGCACCAGCAGAGUUAGAAACACGGUGCAGGACCCAGCUUAUAUGAGGGAAGCGUGUGGAACAAACAAACCUGUAUGACUAGUCGUGGAAAUGUCUUCUUACUGUCCUCAAGAGAGAGAGGAGUCCAACGACCUAGGACUGACGCAGAUUACCACUGCAGUUUGAAUUCAACUCAUCCAGACAGACAUUUCUGGAAUAUUUCAGAGAUCCUACUAGUUUGAACUAAAGAAAGUUUAUUAUUGACAAACAAGGAACUCACAAAAAUAAGCUCAAGUGAAAAGUGCCUGGCUGAUGGACUGAGGGUCAGGUUUUGGCACCAGGUUUGCUGUACCUGAGCCAGUACUAAAACACAUUUUUGUGGAGAGAAGGGAUAGUUGUACCAGCUGAUUCUGGAUUAAAAAAGUUCUGGCUCUUCUCUUUACGAUGCGUAACUUUACACUGAGCAACAUUUAGUCAUAAAACUGAGUUAUGCUAGAAACUUCUGCCACAACAGUGAUUGAUUCUAAAGUAUGUAGUUUGACAACUUGAUUUGUCUGCUCUUUUGCAGUCACGAGUGUUUAGGUUUCUGCUGAACAAUACCAGAGCUAUAAUCAAUAUUGGUCUCAGCUAAUAUGUCUCUAACCUUUGUCUGUGCUGUGGAAAUCCAAUUUAAGCAUGAUCUACCUACACACCAAAGUGAUUUUAUUGUGUCUGUGUAUGGUAAAGAAUUUUGGCAUUUAAAAAUAUUGGGAUUUAAGGAGAAUUGUUAGCAUGUGUUUAAUCACCUGUGUGUAAUAUUUUCUGUGUGUGCUUUUCCAAGGUGAUUGUUUCUUUAUUGAGUCUGAAUAAUAUAAUAUGCACUUUCAGAAUGUAUUUCAAACAAGAGGCCAGAAAACUUCAAAUGUUUCACUUCUUACAAAACUGAUGAAAAGCUGCGAUACGUUUACUACGUGGAAGAAACACUCUCAUUCCAUUUUCAGUAAAGGGGACAAACGGACAUACUUAAAAAUAGUGAUGUAACUUGUUUUCCUGGGUAAUUUGUGAGCAGACUGAAAUAAACAUAAAUUAGAAACUAGUGAAGUAGUACAUGAACUAACUGGGUUGAUACAAAGGAAAUUAAAUAUGACUAAACGCUUUAAUGGCAUUUGACUGAAAAUUUCCCAUUUUAUUGAUGCUGAUACUUUUCUUUGAUACAGUUCUGUGAAUUCAGUUUUUGUCUCUGUUUUCCUGUGAUGAUGGAGAUGUCAAAGCAUGGCUACAUAAGUUACUAGCUUGCUGAAGGUAAGAUUAUGUUAAAAUUGAGCCUAACUAUCGGUCUGUAGUCCUUUUUCUUCUUGCUAUUAUAUAUUAUUACUCCUGUUUCUCCUGUUGCUGAAGUUUGGAGGAAUGCUGUCAUUAUCUUCAAUGAAAGCAGAUCUGGUCACCAGACAUCAUCCUGUCAACUUUGUUCUUUAUACAAAAUAACGAACAAGGCGAGUGCCUUCAUUGCAUGGCAAAUUUUCUCAGAAACACAAUCUGAUUUGGUUCUAUUAGACAGAAAAUACUUUAUGCACACCAGUAUAAAUCAUGAGAUUUUUUUUCUUCUAUUCGGCAGCUCAGUUCCUGUGGAAGUGCUGUAGAAAUUCAACCUUCUGCAGAACAGUCACAUAUUUUAUUGUUAAUAUAGUCAUGUGUGCCAAAUAUUUUUGGUAUCAGAUUGAUAAAUGCAGUGCUCCUACAUUCAUCUUGCAGUACCAAACCAAUGCUGAACAGUUAGUGGUGUUCAGAGACUUCCAGUGGUGCUGCUUCUUGGAGCAGAGCUGUGAGAUUCAGACUGUGGAAUGUGGUACUUUAGAACUAACCCCUCUAAUGUAGUCAUCUUUGUUAUUGAAAUAUUCAAGAUAACCCUUU